AUGGUUUUCCGGUUAUCUGGAACCAAGUUUUUAGAUGCGGAACUCUGUUUUCCGUGUGGGCAGUUAAGAAGCAAGGAAGCCAUAAAAGUUGUUCUUACAAAGCCAUUUUCAAUAGAUGGUGAAUCAGAAGCUGAUUACAGGGCUCCCAAUUUGAUCCAAAGAAUACUCUCUCUUUUCAAGAAUGUACGGCCAGGAUCUGAUCUCUCCCACUUCAAGCUGCCACCUCUGUUCAACCUGCCCAAGUCACAUCUUCAAUGCUAUGGGGAACAAGUGUAUUGUACCGGCACCGACAUGCUGACUCGAUGUAACGUUCCCGACAACCCCCUCGAAAGAUUCUUGUCGGUCGUGGCUUUUAGCAUAUCCACGUCUCGUCCUCUCGUAUUCGGGGUCGUCCCUUUCAAUCCAGUUCUCGGCGAGACUCAUCACGUCUCUAGGGCCACACUCAACGUCGUCCUCGAGCAGAUUUCUCACCAUCCGCCGGUUUCGGCACUGCAUGCUACUGACGAGGAACAUAAUAUCGAACUCAUUUGGUGUCAACAAUGCAUCUCCAAGUUCACCGGUGCUUCGGUGGACGCCGAGGUCCGAGGGAAGCGACAACUUAAGCUCCGGAGUCGAGGAGAGACGUAUGAAAUGAACUCCCCCAACCUUUUGAUAAGAUUUCUUCCGUUGCCCGGAGCAGAUUGGGCUGGAAAUGUUGGAGUCAGGUGCAAAGAAACCGGGUUCGAAGCCGAGCUACUAUACGGAUCUAAGUCUUUUCUUGGCCUUAGAGGAACCCACAGAUCAGUUAAAGGAAAGAUCUAUGAAACAUCAACAAAGAAGAUCCUUUUCGAACUUAAUGGCAAUUGGGAUAGAACAGUGACAGUGAAGGACAAUAAUAGUGGGGAGUUGAGGGUUAUCUACAAUUCAGAAGAAGUGUAUUCAGGGCUGAGAACUCCUGUGGUUAAAGAUCUGCAGGGGGUGGAGUCGACCGAAUCGGCAGCCGUGUGGAGCAAGGUAAGUGAGGCUAUAAUGAGUCGAAAUUGGGAGAAAGCGAAAGAGGCGAAGAAUGCAGUCGAGGAAAAGCAGAGGGAAGUGUUGAGAGGAAUGGAGUCCGAAGGAAAAACCUGGGUUCCCCAGCAUUUCGGUUUGAGUUGCAGCAAAGAUGGUGUCUGGGAGUGUUCACCUACUCAACAAUGGGUUCCUCCUGCUCCUAUUGUUGUUCCUCUUACAUAAUCUUAUUUGUAAGAAAAUAAUCAACACAGCCUUAAGCAGCUUAUACUAAAUAAUCAGCACAUAAACGGUUGUAGCGUAAAUGAUUUGUUUCUUAAAAAUCACAUCAUCUUUAAAGAGUU